AUGACCCCGAAACCCAAGCCCGCCAUGAAUCCCACCGUGGAGGAUGAAAAUGACAGUCACGACACCAAUUCAAAGGCGAACACGCCAAUUCCUUGGUCAGAGAUUUUCUCCCGUCACUCGGUUAUGAUAGGCACCCACCUUGACUUUCUGAGGAAGGCGGAGGGCCAAACCAUAUCCGAAAGUGACGGGCAGUUGGUCUUGUCAAUGUUCGACACAACAGUACGGGCACUGAGCGACCUGUGGGUGGUUCAAAAGAUAAUAAUGAGCAGAAAUACCACCACGUCCUCAACCUCGAUCCCCUCCAACCCCUCCAACCCCGCACACUCCACCGACUCAGAGACAAACACUCGCAAGAAACGACGAAGAGUUUCUCGAGAGAAAGAGUCUAUCCGGCCUGGUCCUGAGUACGAACUUCGGGCCUCAAAGCGAUCCCGCGAUACUUCGUUCCAAGCGCCAGCGCAGGAGGACGAUUACACCACGUCAACCUCACUGGGAAGAGAUGAUAUUUCCCGAGAGGAAGAGUCUACCAGGUCUGGCCCUGACUACACACUUCGGGCCUCAAAGCGAUCCCGCGAUACUUCAUUCCAAGCGCCAGCGCAGGAGGACGAUUACACCACGUCGACGUCACUGGGAACAGAAGAUAUUUCCGCAGAGGUACAGCGGCGCCUGAGGAUCAAGGAGGAGAAAAGGCGAAAGAAAGAAAAUCCCAAGCCGGACAAGCGCAAGCGCGAGAGUCUGGUGUCGAAUGACGGUGCUUCAGCCGCGGUGAACAGGCCUCGGACUAAGAGGCUGAAGGUUGAGCAUGUGCGCAAAAGAGAGAGUGAUUUGGAGCCGGAAAAUGGGACGGAUUCUCUGAAAGCAAAGCGUGCAAGUCGCCACUGA